AUGCUUCAGGAAAACUGGACAUCUGUAACGGUUUUUAUCUUCCUGGGAUUUUCCCACUACCCCAAAAUUGAGGUCAUCAUAUUUACUCUGUGUCUGCUGAUGUACCUCUUCACCUUGCUGGGAAACCUAAUUCUGAUCUCCAUCACCAUCCUGAAUUCCCACUUGCACACCCCCAUGUACUUCUUCCUCAGCAACCUCUCCAUUCUGGACAUCUGGUAUACCUCUUCUGUGCUCACUCCAAUGCUAGCCAACUUUGUUGUAGGGAAAAACACCAUCUCAUUCUCAGGAUGCGCUUCUCAGAUGUACUUCUCUCUUGCCAUGGGCUCCACUGAGUGUGUACUGCUCUCCAUGAUGGCCUAUGACAGGUACGUGGCCAUCUGCCAUCCCCUGAGAUAUCCUAUCAUCAUAAACAGGAGGGUCUGUGUGCAGAUUGCUGCUGGCUCCUGGGUGACAGGCUGCCUCACUGCCCUGGUGGAGACAGUGGCUGUGCUGCAGCUGUCUUUCUGCAGAAACAGUGUCAUCAAUCACUUCACAUGUGAAAUUCUAGCUAUCUUGAAACUGGCUUGUGUAGACACCUCCACAGUGCAGCUAAUCAUGUUAGCGAUCAGUGCACUCCUUCUGCCCAUGCCAUUGCUGCUCAUUUGUACUUCAUACGUCUACAUCCUCUCCAGCAUCCAGAGAGUCCAUUCAGGAGAUGGUCAGAGCAAAGCCUUUUCUACAUGUGCAGCCCACUUGACCGUGGUUGUUCUGUUCUAUGGCACGGCUCUCUCCAUGUACUUGAAGCCCUCAGAAGUGAAUACACAGGAAAUAGAUAAGUUUAUGGCUUUGAUAUAUGCUGUAUUAACUCCCAUGUUGAAUCCUAUUAUCUAUAGUUUAAGGAACAAAGAGGUAAAAGUGGCUGUGAAAAAAUUGCUGAUGAAAAAUCCUUUAAGUACUGCCUUAAUAUCCACCCUCAAGUAG